AUGAUUAACAAAAGAGUUACACAGAUCUUUGAUAAUGUGACGUCGACUUUGAAUGUCCUUCUGUUGUUUCGUUGCGCCAAUGCAAGCUCAGUAAUCUCUCGGCCUAUUAUGAUUAAUUUCUUUUUCUCUCUCUCUCACUCACUCACUGUCUUUCUUUCUUUCCUUGUUUUAUAUGUUUGCUUUUUCUUUUCAUCCAGCUCCUACUUUCUUUUGUUUAUUUUUUGCUUUGUCUUAUGCUUCAUUCUUUCUUUCUUUCUUUCUUUCUUUCUUUCUUUCUUUCUUUCUUUCUUUCUUUGUCAUAUUUUCUUUUCUUUCUUUUUCUACUUUGUUUUAUUUCUUUUUUGCUUUGACAUUUGCUUCUUUCUUUUUUCUUCUAUUUAUUUAUUUCUCCUUCUUUCAUUAAUUUUUCUUCCUUUUUCUUUUUCUUCGAUUUCGAUUUAUAAUUUCUUUUCAAUUUAUUUUCUUUCGUCUAUUACUUUGGCAUAUGCUUCUUUCUCUUUUUUUUCUGAUACGUAUUUCUUUUUCAUUUCUGUUUCUUUUAAUUUUUUUUUCUAUCUUUUAUUCACUUUUCUUCUGCUUUUUCUUCUAUACAUUUUUGUUUUCUUUCUUUAG